AUGUCUCUUCUCUCACUAGCGAAGUGUGAUGUUGUAAAGGAACAUGUUAUACUCGAGAGCUUGAACUUUGACCGCCGGCCAGUUAGAUAUAGUUCUAUUGAGGUUGCUCAUGAAAGAACCUUUAAUUGGGUAUUCCAACCCUCCGACAAGCCAGACUUAGAUUCAACGGCGGGGAGCGUUCAUCGAUGGCUCGAAUGUGGCGAUGGCGUCUUCUGGAUUUCUGGGAAGCCAGGGUCGGGCAAGUCGACCCUGAUGAAGUUUAUUUCGAGCCAUCCCCAAACCCGACGGGCGUUAUCUACCUGGUCUGACCCUCGACCCUUGGUAGUUGCCAGCCAUUUCUUUUGGACUCAGCCAGACCUAAUCAAAAUUUCUUGCAUUGAACGAUGGAACCAAAACGCCGAAAACAUAAAAUUCGAGUCAUGGGAUACACCAGAGCUCUCUCGAGUCCUGGAACGAAUUGCUCUUUGUGAUGGUAUCCGCGUCAGAUUUUGCUUCUUCAUCGACGGCCUAGACGAAUAUGAAGGCGACCAAGUUGAAUUUUGCCAGGCUUUGCGGAAGCUUUCAAUUUCACCUCAUAUGAAACUCUGUGUUUCAAGUCGUCCCUGGAACGUUUUCGAAGAUUCCUUUGGCACUGAUAUUGCGUCUAAGCUCUAUAUUCAUGAGUUGACUAAAAAUGAUAUCCACAACUUUGUGCGUAGCUCCCUUGAGGCCCACCCUAGAUGGGCCAAUGCUGGCGUUAAAGCCAAGGAUGCGCAGUCAAUCAUGGAUGAAGUCACACAUAGGGCGGCGGGGGUAUUUCUCUGGGUUUAUUUGGUGGUCAAACAGCUACGCUCUGGACUAACUGGGUACGAUAAUUAUUCGGACUUGCAGCGUCGACUUCAGACUAUUCCAGAUGAUUUGGGGGAAUUCUUCAAGCAAAUACUAGGCUCGGUCGAGCCAUUCUACCACCAAAGGAUGGCUCGCUUAUUGAAAAUCUCCCUAGUGCUGAAGGGGCCCGUAUGCACUUGCAUUUACGGUUUUCAUGACAUGGAAUAUGAAAAUGAAGAUUACGCUCUCAGCUUGCCUGUUAUACCACCAGGAGAAGACGAUAUAAUCCUUUCAUAUAGCAGGAUUAGCCGGCGUCUCAACGCGUGUUGCCGUGGUCUUCUUGAGGUCCAUCCAGAACUCGGCUAUGUUGAGUUUCUUCACCGCACUGUAGUGGACUACUUGAACACGAAAGAGAUGUCUGAAUAUCUGGAACGGAAGGCUGGAACUACCUGGAACACACAGCUAUCAAUCCUUAGGGCUUGGACAGCUUUCAUCAAGGACGCAAGGAUCUAUGACUGCUGUUAUCAUGCGUCAUGCAAAACAGAGAGUAUUUUGUCGGAGCUUCUCGUAUACGCGAGACAUCUUGAUGGUGGUUCUAGAGCUCAUCAAUUGUUGGAGGGAGUAGAUGGCUUUCACCCAAAAGUGCUUAAAGAUCGUAAAACUUCGUUACGCUCUAGCCAUAUCCAGAAAGCUUCAGAUUCUCCAUUCCUCAGAGAAAUGGUAAUCAAGUACUCCCUUUCCGGGUACGCCAAAUAUAUUUCAGAUAAAAAGCCCGAGUAUUUCUCGGGAUUUAAGCUCUCGGCAAUAAAUGAUAUUAUUACUUCGCUUAAUCCUGAUGAUCUAGCGGAUGGCCGGCAUUGUAGCCGCCUAGCUAUUCUCCAGUGUGUACUGGAAAAGAGCUGCAAUACCAAUGAAAGAUUUUGCUUCGAGAAUACCACCUGGACUCCAAUGAAGUCUUUCCUCAUUAGGGCAUUCAGAGAUAAUUCAUGGAACUUCGAACAGCUUCUGAAAAGCAAAACAAUUUCACUGAUGCUUAGACAUGGAGGAGACCCAAACGCAAAAUAUAAUACCGACGAACCCAUCGCUUGGAUUGGCUUCUCUUACGAGAUUAUCAGGAGACCACUAACGCCAAUAGGCAAAGCCUUGUCGUUAGAAGUUCUAGACGACUUUAAUACAGCAUGUACUGCUGUGCGACACCCUUCAGAAUUAGGAGUGAAGCCUAUGGAACUAAAGGUGCCUGAAGCAUCAGAAUUAAACAAAGACCUGUGUGCAUUUUUCGACUGGUCAUCUCGUUUUGAACCUCUGGACCAAGAAUUCUUUCUUCAUAUUACGGAAAGGAUUCUUUCGAUAGCGAAAAUUUACGAACUUGAUCUUGAGUGUCACCUGUCGACAUUGAAGGAGAUAUUUCCACCACAAGUGAUUUCAACGUUGAAAGAUAAGAUUUCUGGUAGUUGCUUAGAUGUUGUUGAGCAGCCAUGUACGAGCAGCAACAAUCUCGCACUAAAACGAAAACAGGAAUAUCCUUUAGGCGACGAGGGGACAUAUAAGAAAGGGAAAAGCGCAUAACAAAUGUGUCGACUUUUCAUUUAUGUUCCUCUUCCCCGGAAUCGCUUUUCUGGGCGGGCCCCGCCCCUGCGAGCGAAACCCGCGAGCGAGUUUAGCGCUCGGAACGAUCCAACGGCAAUGGCACCUUCAAGCUCUGCGGCUGUGUAAUUCUGCUAUAACUCUUCGGAUGCAAAGAGACGU